GUGGAGUUUCUCCUGCACACGCCCAUCGGGACGGAGAGUGAGAUUUUCAUUAAUCAACACGAUCAUCCGUUCAUCAGUCAGUCACCAUGAGCCGAGCCACACUCAACAUCAUUACCGCUUUAAUCCUCAUUCUCUCCCGAUCUUGCUACGCAAACCGCAAACUCCUGCUCUUUCUGAUCGAUGGAUUCCGUUAUGAUUACAUGGACGAUUUACAAAACAUGGCUGGAUUUAGAGAGAUCGUGGAAAACGGUGUGAAAGUGGAUUACAUGACUCCAGAUUUCCCCAGUCUGUCCUAUCCAAACUAUUACUCCCUCAUGACAGGACGCUAUUGUGAGGUGCAUCAGAUGACUGGGAAUUUCAUGUGGGAUAAGGACUCCAUGAAGGAAUUCCUGAUUGGAACGAAUCCGGACAGCCGUCUGCCCCUUUGGUGGGAUGGCUCAGAGCCACUGUGGGUGACCAUGCAGAAACUUGGAAAGAGUGUUUACAUGUAUUUCUGGCCUGGUUGUGAAGUGUCAAUUCUUGGGGUGAGACCUACAUUCUGUGAGGAAUAUGUCUACAAUCCUUCAGAGAAGAACCUGACAGACUCUAUGGAGAGUGCUCUCAACAUGUUAAAGAGCAAUAAAGCAGACAUGGCUGCCAUUUAUUACGAGAAGAUAGAUGUGGAAGGACAUCAUUACGGGCCUCAAUCUAUUCAAAUACAGCGUGCCGUACAUUCACUGGACCAGGCUUUCCAAACCCUCAACCGCAAAAUCAAGGAGAAUAAAAUGAGAGAUGAGAUAAAUGUGGUCCUGUUCUCUGAUCACGGUAUGACCGAGCUCAAGUGGAUGGAGAAAGUCAUUGAACUGGACAAAUACAUUGACAUGUCAAAAAUCAUCAAGAUGAUGGACAGAGGGCCAGUGGUCAGUCUGUGGCCCAAACAGGACAAGUUUGAGGAGAUAUAUCAAAACCUGAGUACAGCACACAACAUGAAUGUUUACAAGAGGCAAGAAAUCCCAGACCGCUACCACUAUAAGAAAGGGAGGUUUGUCUCUACGCUAACACUUGUCGCAGAGCCCGGAUGGUUUAUCACUGAGAAUAAAGCCAAAUUGCCCUUCUGGAAAAACGGAACAGAAGAGGCAGAGGGCUGGCAGCACGGUUGGCACGGUUACGAUAAUGAGUUUUUGGACAUGAGGGGAUUUUUUCUGGCACAAGGACCAGACUUCAAGACGAACUACCGUUCUGCUCCCAUUCGAACAGUGGAUGUGUAUAAUGUUUUGUGCAAGACGUUGGGGAUCAAACCUCUGCCCAACAACGGCUCGUGGUCUCGAGUGGAGAGUAUGCUGAAGAACUCGGCGGCCGCUGUACGACCCGCUCUGAUCUACAGCUGGAUGCUGAUGCUGCUGACCCUGUCUGUGCUGCUCUAGAACUCUCUAUGACUGCAUUUUCAUCCAGAAGCACUGCACAAACCAUAUCAGACUGAAGAGAAGAUUGCAAAAGAGAAUACCUGUAUAAUAAUAGGGUGUUAGAGUGUGUGCCAUGGCACCAGAUAAUUUCUUUUCAUCAGCUUUUUACUGGACUGCCUCUAUUUUUGAGUUGUUAAUGUCACGGAAUGCUGACGCAAUAGAAGAAAUGAUUGUGAUGACAUUAGAUGAACCAACUUGCACGUUCAAUAUACGGAGAUUUACACUGGCGGCCAAAAGUUUGGAAUAAUGUAAAUAUUUUGUUCUUAUGGAAAGAAAUUGGUACUUUUUUUCACCAAAGUGGCAUUCAACUGAUCACAAUGUAUAGUCAGGACAUUAAUAAUGUGAAACAUUACUAUUACAGUUUGAAAGAAAUGCUCAGAACUUCUUAAACUACUUCAAAGAGUUCUCUUCAAAAAAUCCACCACGUGCAGUAAUGACAGCUUUGCAGAUCCUUGAUGUUCUAGCUGUCAGUUUAUCCAGAUACUCAGGUGACAUUUCACCCCACACUUCCUGUAGCACUUUCUUGCACUUCUCACACACCUUACAGUCUGAUCCCACUAAAGCUCAAAGGGGUUAUGAUCCAUAAAACUCUUCUCUAAUUAUCUGUUGUCCAGUGUACAAAAGUAGCUUUUUCUUUGCAAUUCUUCCCAUAAGUCCUGCACCCCUGAGUCUUCUCUUUACUGUUGUACAUGAAACUGGUGUUGAGCGGGUAGAAUUCAAUGAAGCUGUCAGCGGAGGACAUGUGAGGCGUCUAUUUCUCAAACUAGAGACUCUGAUGUACUUAUCCUCUUGUUUAGUUGUACAUCUGACCUUCCACAUCUCUUUCUGUCCUUGUUAGAGACAGUUGUCCUUUGUCUUUGAAGACUGUAGUGGACAUCUUUGUAUGAAAUAUUUUUGGCAAUUUCAAGCAUUGUAUAGCCUUCAUUCCUCAAAACAAUGAUUGACUGUUGAGUUUCUAGAGAAAGCUGUUUCUUUUUUGCCAUUUCUGACCUAAUAUUGACCUUAAGACAGUCUAUUGCAUACUGUGGCAACACAAAAAGACAACGAUAAUCUUAAUUUAAUGAAUCAAAUAUCUGUCAGCAGUGUUUGAUAUAAUGGCAAGGGAUUUUCUAGUUUCAAAUGACCAAUUUAUCAUAAUUACUCAAGAAUAAGGUGUUGGAGUGAUGCUGCUGUCUAGAUUUGAUCAAAAAUGACUUUUUUCAAAUAGUGAUGGUGUUUUUUACAUCAGUAAUGUCCUGACUAUACUUUGUGACCAGAUUAAUGCCACUUUGGUGAAUUAAAGUACCAAUUUCCUUCCGAAACAGCAAAACCUGUACAUUGUUCCAAACUUUUGGCCGCCAGUGUGUAUUUUAGAAAGAUAUAUUUUAUUCUAUAAUAUUCUCCAUGUUCUUCAUCUGUUCAUUCGUUACUUUCUAUUGUUUUGUUUUUGUCUCUGUACAUCCAAUUAAUCUGUCUGUUUUAUAACACAGAGAAACACAUAUAACACAUUUUACAGUAUCUUUUUCUGAUACUGUUAAAUGUAAUUAUUUCACAUGUUUAGCCUCACUGCCAAGAUCACUAAAGUUUUGUAUUUAAGGCAUUACUUGUGUUAUUUGAUUAUUGUUACAGUUUUUAUUUCUUUAACAAUAAUACUUUCUAUUAGUACAGGGUUUGUACUCAUUUUUUCUAAAUAAAAGAGAAUUUUCCUCAUACUAUCUCCAGGACAUAUUUUCCAUCUGUUUUUGUAGUUUUAUUCAUUGAUUGAUUGAUUAUAGGUUCACUUUCAGUGUGCUAUUGUAUUUAUACUUUUAUUUACAGUGGUACUCCUAUUCUAUUUCUGUGCUCUUUC